CUAAAGACUGAGCAGACACAAUGCGAUUCUGGAAUUUCUUCACCCCAAUUGCUUUUCUCCCAAUUUCCACAGCUGAUUUCACUAUUGGCACAAUUUCUAUUGGAACCUAUUAUUCUCAAGGAGCUGCAGUCAAUUCCACUGAUGGUUGUGCAACUGCUGUAUUGACAGGUGUCAAUGGCCACUUCCAAGUUGGGGAACACAUGCGGUUCAAUGUUUGUGAAAGUGAUGUUGAGAUUAGCAAUACUGCAUGGAACUUAGUUUUCCCUGAGGAAACACUGCUGGGAGUAAAUGGAACAUGCAGCGAGAUCCAGGGUUCUGGCCAGUGGUGCAUAGUUGCUCGUGGCAACUGGACAUGGAAUCCUCAGUACUUGUGCCAGUCAAUUGUGUGUGAAGUGGGGACUUUGGACUAAUUGAUGAUACAUAAAUCCAC